GUAGCGCAGUUCCUCUCGGUCUGUGCUGGCGGAGGGGGUGUCCUAGAGAUGAUAUGCUCAUCGAUGAAUGAGAGCCUGUAAGGGGGCACUAGCGAAGGAGCAAAUAGGACCCCUUCCUGGGUGGAAGGGGGAUGCAACGAGGCUCCACCUUGGAAGAAGAAGGCGACCCGCCAGAGGAAAGGGGGCAGAAGGUGUCUGGGUGACUAGAGGAAGGGAGCCUCCAGAGAAGAAGAGCCUCUGCUGGACCGUUGUAGCUACUUGUUACCCUGGCUGUUCUUAGAACAAUGUAGUUCACAGCCGUGUCGGUCCAAAAGUAAAAUCCACAGAAUCCAGAAGUGAACCAUCAGGGAUCCCUUAUGAUCUUAUGGCAUUGUUUGUGAGCCUGUACACUGUAUAGGAAGGUUUGGGGUGAGGGAUCAGGAUCACAGGCGAAGACCACCUAGGGUGAAGACCAAGCUCUGUCUGUCAUCAGUAUGGGGCUGGGUUUGGGAAGAGUUGUAUUCAGACUUUUCUUUAGACUAGUGGUUCCCAUUUCCAUCUUAUUGCACUUCUGAAACCACUGAUGAGUAGUUCACGUCUGGCACUCGGAGCCUGGAAGAUUACAAAAGAAACACUCCAGAAGAGAGUAGCUGUACCCACCUUUGUGUCAUGGUGCCAAGACCACACUGAGGAGUGAACGACCAUGAACACAGGAGCAGUAACCAGAGAGCCUAUGGGAGAAGACAAGAUGAAUACUCUUUGCCAGGAGCUGCUGCUACCUGGACCGGCAGAUGCAGGAAAUGAGGACAGCCAUGGCAUCGCCAGUGAAAAUCUAACAGUGGGGCAGAGCUUAAUUUUAACAGAGGCUUCUGUGGUAGGAGCAGAAACGUCUGGAGUUGAAAUAUUUGUAGAAGCAGUGGCUGGCAGCAUGUCCCUGAGCAAUCCUGGAAACACUACAGAAGUCUUGGUCAAAGUUGUGGAACUAUAUUUCUGUGAGCGGUGUGGGCAGAGCUUUUCUGAUCCAAGCCUACUCUCCCAGCAUCAGUGUGUUGAGCUUUCCAGAGAACAGCUCACAAGCAUCCCUCAACUCCAAGGGUUACCACUAGGACUUAAUAACCAGGACCUGGCUGUCUCUGGAGAGAACCCAACUAUCAACAAAGCAUCAAUGCCGAACUUGUUGGAAGGAAGCAGGCAGGACUCUGAAUUAUGCCCCGAGACCCUCCUAUGCCCCAUUUGCCAAGCUGAAUUUGCAUUGCCUGGUGAGCUGAAGGAACAUUUUAAGGAUCACCAUAAGCCUCAGGGUGCCCCAAUUUGCCCUGAGGAAGGCUGUCACUUCACUUCGGAGGACCACAAGCAGUUACGGGGGCAUCUGCGGCGUGUCCAUCAGGUCUCUCCAGUGGCCUGUGCCUACCGUGGCUGCCCGCUCUUAUUCCGAAGUCAAGAGGACAUGGCGCUUCACCGCAGGACCCACUUUCCAUUUCACUGUGGGCAUUGUGACUUCAUCAGUGCCAAUACCAAGCAGUUUGGGCAACAUAGGCGGAGCCAUCUGCAGGAGGUGGCAACAGUGCUAGAGACAAGAGCAGCUGGCAAGAGCAAUGAGCACAGCUUCACUGCUGUGGUAGGAAGGAGACUGACUGAUCAUCUGCUUCUUAACUCAGAAGUAGAAUCACUGAGCAAAGCAGGGAAUUCUCUCGGAGCUCAGAAUGGUUGGGAGGUGACGGAAAUGGAUCCUGGCCUGGGAGGACAUGUUGAUAGAAAUGAUGUGCUUCACAAAGAACAGACAAUGUGGACUAAGGAAGACACCUCUGGGAAGAGAGGACAUGAAUUACUGGAGGAAGAAGAGGAGGAGGGAGAGGAGAUCUCAUGCAAGGCAACCCAAGGGAGCAAAAAAGCAUGCACCAAGAGAACAUCUCAGGUCCAGCAGUUCAAAGGAGUUGUGGCAGAAGACUCCAAACACCUGUUCAAAACCCACAUGUGUCCAGAGUGCAAGCGGUGUUUCAAGAAGCGGACUCACCUGGUGGAACACCUUCACUUGCAUUUCCCAGACCCCAGGCUGCAAUGCCCAAACUGUCAGAAAUUCUUCACCAGUAAGAGCAAGUUGAAGAUUCAUAUGAUGCGCGAAACUGGGGAGAAGGCUCAUCGCUGCCCGCUUUGCCACUAUAGCUCUGUUGAGAAGAAUGCUCUCAACAGGCACAUGGCCAGCAUGCAUGAGGACAUUUCCAAUUUCUACUCAGAUGUCUAUUCCUGUCCUGUAUGCAAGGAGAAGUUCAAGCUCAGCCAUGCCCUCAAGGAACAUCUGAAGACGCACAAAACAGAGCCCAAGCAAUUAAGCUGCUUCCAGGCAGAUUGUAGCUACUGCACAGAGGACCGCAAGGAGUUUCUUCGGCAUGUUCGGGAGGUGCAUGGAAUUAAAACGGUGGAGUGCAAGUACUAUGCCUGUUCCCUGCUCUUCCCCUCUGCAGAGGUCAUGGAGGUGCAUCGCAAAACACACUAUGCCUUCCACUGCCAGCAAUGUGAUUUCAUCUGCUCCAAUAAGCAUGUCUUCCGCAAACAUAAGAAGCAAGGCCACCCAGGAAGCGAAGAACUCCAGUGCAGCUUCUGCUCCUUUACCACAUUCAACUCCGUGGAAUUCCAUGACCAUGUUGGCAAGAUGCAUGCCAAUGAGAAGAUACACAAAUGCACUGAAUGCAACUUUGCCACUGCACACAAGCGAGUCCUCAUCCGCCACAUGCUGCUGCAUACAGGAGAGAAGCCUCACAAAUGUAAGCUGUGCACCUUCACUUGCCGAGAUGUGAGCUACCUUUCUAAACAUAUGCUGACCCAUUCCGAUGAUAAGAACUACAUGUGCACUGAAUGUGGCUAUGUGACAAAGUGGAAGCACUACCUGAAUGUUCACAUGCGCAAGCACACAGGAGAUCUCAGGUACCAGUGUAACCAGUGUCCCUACCGCUGCCAUCGGGCUGACCAAUUGAGCAGCCACAAACUACGCCACCAGGGCAAGUCCUUGAUCUGUGAGGUGUGUGGCUUUGCGUGCAAGCGCAAGUAUGAGCUGCAGAAGCACAUGCAGGCAAAACACUCUCAGGAGUACCAGAUGCCUGUCUUCCAGUGCCAGUAUUGCAGCUUCCAGACUAAGUACAAGCAAGCCCUGCUCAACCAUGUGAACUGCAAGCACACCAAACAGAGGGAGUUCCGCUGUGCUCUCUGCCCUUACCGCACCUUCAACAACACUAGCCUCUUCUUCCACAAGCGCAAGGUCCAUGGUUACAUGCCAGGUGACAAGGGCUGGCAGGAUAACUAUGCCGGCAAGGAGAUGGAGGUCAGCUCCACUGAGGUUCUGCUCAGCUAUAACCUUGCCAUGACACUGCAUUCCCACUGCAGCUCCUCUCUGCCAGGGAAGGAGCCAUGUCAUGACAAAGCCAAUUCCCUUCUUUCAGAAACUCAAGAGGAGUACCAACAUCAAGAGUCUUUCAUUAUGCAAGCCUUUGAGAAUGAAAAUAACACUCAGACUGCAGGAGAAGGUGGUGUUGGAGGGCAGGACCAUUGCAAAGUGGACAUGGUUCCUCCAGGAGAACUUUCUGAGAAAGCACCUGUGAAUGCUAGGGAACCAGGCGAUGUCAGUAGCAUGCUGGUUCAAAGUUGCACCCUGCACUUGGAGCCCCUGUGUAAUUCAGACCACACUCUGGAGCAUCUGGCCAAGGAGAUGCCCACAGCCUUGCCAGAAAAGCAAGAAGCUGCGGACUGCAGGGAAGCAGAAUCAGCCUAUGAAGUAUUAGGCUCCAGAGAUCCCCUUAUGUUGGAGGACAGUGACUCUGCCCUUGAAGAUAUACCUGAGUUUGAGGAGGAAACUGAAGUCCAUGGGAAUGGAGAACUGGAGCUGGAGAAAGAUGUUGGUUCUUGUGCUGGGGAGAGCAGUGAAAAGGAUAUUCAGCAAGAUCCAGGGGAAAAGGAAGAGGUCAGGCAGGACUCUGAAUCCCUGCAGGUACCACCCAGUCCAGAGCAGGAAGUAGGGUGCAAAGAGCUGAGUGAACAGGAAACCUGGCCAAACAUGUUAAAGUCAGACUCACCCCAACCUGAUGUCUCCCGCAAUUUUCACCUGGCCUCAGAAGGUAGUCCUCUUCCUCUCCAUUUGGAAGACGUUUCCCAGUCAGAGUUGCUGCUUAAAGCUCUGAGGAGGCAGGACAAAGAGCAAGCAGAAACCUUGGUGCUGGAAGGGAGGGUGCAGAUGUUGGUGGUUCAGUCUGAAAGUCCAGUGUUCAAGUGUGAGAAGUGCUCCUACAUCACCAGGAAAGAGAAAUCCAUGUUAAUGCACUGCAAAGCAGGUUGCCAGGGCAGAAAGCGCCCUCUGGUAUGCCAAGAGUGUGGCGCCAUCUUCAAACAACAGAGAGGGCUUAACACUCAUAUCCUUAAGAAAUGUCCAGUCCUUAUGAAAAAGAACCAUGGAAAAUUAGUCAGUGUAGAUCAGUCUGUUGCAGCAGAGCCCAGCGAGAAUGGUCUGGAAAUGCUGGAGGCAAAAAAGAAUGGUGCAGAUGCCUUAAAUGAGGUAAAGGUGAGCAAGCUGCAAGAAGGAUCCUGGGAAGUAGGGCCUGAUGAUACAGGCCAUCUGGCCACUGUGCAUCCUGACAUGCAGACCUUGGCUGUGGAUCAGCAAGAUCAGCCAUCUCAAGAUGUCCUUGCAACUAUGGUGGAAGAAAAACUGUCACAGACUAUCACAGACAGAGCUGCCUCUCAUUCAGAAAAGUACUACUUGGAGCAGAGCAAGUUCCACUGUAAAUCCUGCUCAUUUGUCUGUUCACGAGUGUCCACCAUUCGUUCCCAUGUAGAAGAUGGCUGCCGCAGUCUGGAUAGGUUCUGGUGUCCUGUAUGUUCUAAUCGUUUCCGCUCCAAGAGGGCCCUGAAGAUCCACCAGUCAGAGGAGCAUGUUCAAGCACUGCCCAUUAAGGAGCUUCAAGGGACCAAUGGCACCAUUCCUCCAGAAGGAGGAGGAGGGAAGCAUGAGAAUGAGCAAGUUGGCGGUGAGGAGAUGGGCGAGCCAGAUAAUUCAGUGACGGCAACAUCUCCCCCUCUAGCCUCUCAGGUCAAGAGGCGGCGCUUUUCUUGCCCCACCUGCCCUUUCACAUGCCACCAGGAGCGUGCCUUGAAGACUCACAAGAAGCGGGGCUGCCUGAAGUUGGGUGAGUUCCGCUGUACCCUGUGUCCCUUCACAUCCAAGGCCGCAGCAGCCUUGAGGCUCCACCGCAAGCUGCACCGGAAGUACUACAGCACACGUCCCCAGCUGGUCUGUCGCCAGUGUGACUUCACUUGCAAGCAAGCACGCUGUCUGCGUCAGCAUGUGCGCAUCAAGCAUGAAGGUGUGAAGCCUCACAAGUGCCCUUACUGUGACUUCAGCACUACACGGCGCUACCGCCUGGAUGCCCACCAGUCCUUGCACACGGGGGUAGGUCGCAUUGCCUGCCCUACCUGUGGCCAAACCUUUGGCACCAACUCCAAACUGCGCAUUCACCGCUUGCGUGUCCAUGAGAAGAAGCCCACUCACUUCUGCCCAUUCUGCGACUACAGUGGCUACAUUCAAAAUGAUAUCACCCGUCAUGUCAACAGCUGCCACCAGGGGGAGCUGAACUUUGCCUGCUCACGGUGUGAAGCCCGUUUCAGUUCCGAAACAGCUCUCAAGCAGCACGCUUUGCGGCAGCAUGAAGAGAAAGUCUCCUAUUGUUGUCCACACUGUGCCUUCGUUUGCCACAGUGAGGCCACCCUCAAGUGCCACGUCCAGAAGCAACACCCUCACCUGCAAUGUGCUACCUGUAAGGAGACUCUGACAACUCGUGAGGAGCUGGAGGAGCAUAAGAAACUACACUUCAUCCACCGUUGUGACUGUUGCAGCUUUGCAGCCAAAGAGCGGCAGCAGCUUGUAAGCCACUACUUGGAGGCCCACGAGCCCUCCGUGGCUGAGGAAAGGCCACUCAAAUGCUCCUUCUGUGACUUUGCCUGCCACCACCAGCUGGUCUUCGAUCACCACAUGAAAGGGCAUGGCGGCACCCGUGUUUACAAGUGCUCUGACUGUGAGUACACCACCAAGAACAAGCAAAAAAUCACAUGGCACAUCCGCAUUCAUACUGGGGAGAAGCCUUAUAAGUGCCACUCAUGUCAAUAUGCCUGUGCUGACCCUUCACGCCUCAAGUAUCACAUGCGCAUCCACAAGGAAGAGAGGAAGUACCUUUGUCCAGAAUGUGGCUACAAGUGCAAGUGGGUGAAUCAACUGAAGUACCACAUGACAAAGCAUACUGGAAUCAAGCCGUACCAGUGUGAUGAGUGCAAAUACUGUACCAACCGUGCUGAUGCCCUGCGCAUCCACAAGGAGACUCGGCACCGCGAGGCCCGCUCCUUCAUCUGUGAGCAGUGUGGGAAGGCCUUCAAGACCCGCUUCCUCCUGAAGACUCAUUUGAAGAAGCACAGCGAGGAGAAGCCAUAUGUCUGCAACGUGUGCUACCGAGGCUUCCGAUGGGCAGCUGGCUUGCGGCACCAUUACCUGACCCACACUAAUGAGCACCCUUUCUUCUGCCGCUACUGCAGCUACAAGGCCAAGCAGAAGUUCCAAGUGAUCAAGCACCUGCAGAGGCACCAUCGCGAGCAGGGUGGGAUAGAGGGGGACCUCAGCAAAGGGGUGGGCAAAGACCCCAGCACACUCACUGUUCACCUGCAUGAUGUUCAGCUGGAAAUUUCCACCUCCAAGACCCCAAAGGAAGGGGAGGCUCAGGUAUUGCCACACAGUUAAUUAAAACAGAUAGAUGGACUUAGAAGUCAGGACUGCUUUGCUGUAGUCUCCUUGAGCCAUAGGAAGACAGAAGCAUAGUGCUGGCAGCACAAGGAGCCAUGUCCAAGCCAUUUCAAGCCCAGUGGGGCAAACACAGGCCAUUCUUGGUCACGUGUGUGCACUUGUGUAUGUUUAUAGGCAUAUCUGUAUAUCUGAUGUAAAGGAUGUUACUGUA